CGCCGGCCACAAACUACACUCUCUCUGCUGCUGACACUACACGUCUCGAUGUAAAAGAGAAAAAUGGUCUCGCUUGCAGAUAUUUUACCUGCUCCAAAGCAAUGGGGACAGGAGGAGUUUGAACAGGAGAAACCACGACAGUUGAGUCUAGCAUCAAUUUCUAGGAGUUCAGCUCCACCAUAUGGACGAAGAAAAGGAUGGGUACCCAGGACACCACUGGAUUUUGGAGAUGGGGGUGCCUUUCCAGAGGUUCCAGUGGCUCAGUUCCCGAUGGACAUGGGACGGACACAAGGCAAAGGGAACGCUAUAGCCAAGACUGUUGAUGCAGAAGGAAAGGUCAAGUAUGACUCCUUGGCAAGGGUUGGCCAUGCUAAAGAUAAGGUUGUUCAUUCAAAGCCGCAGGAUCUGGUGCCAAAACCAAUAACCAAUGAAGGAGACCCAGAACUACAGAAACCAGAUGAUGAAGAAAUAGAAGAGACGACAGAAAAGACCAGACUGGCCUUGGAGAAGCUUGUCCAGUCUAAGAUUUCAGCGGCUAUGCCUGUAAGGUGUGCAGAGGAAAAAGCACCGGCUCAGUACAUCAGGUACACUCCAUCACAGCAAGGCGUGGCCUUUAACUCCGGUGCUAAGCAGAGAGUCAUCCGUAUGGUGGAGGUACAAAAGGAUCCGAUUGAACCACCCAAGUUCAGAACCAACAAGAAGAUUCCUCGUGGGCCCCCUUCACCUCCUGCACCUGUUAUGCAUUCUCCAACGAGAAAGGUCACAGUAAAGGAGCAGCAGGAAUGGAAGAUACCACCUUGUAUUUCAAACUGGAAGAACGCUAAGGGCUACACGAUCCCACUGGAUAAAAGAUUAGCUGCUGACGGACGUGGACUGCAGAACCCUCAGAUUAAUGAGAACUUUGCCAAGUUGGCCGAGGCCCUGUACAUUGCUGACAGAAAGGCCCGAGAAGCUGUAGAGAUGAGAGCAACAAUGGAACGGAAAGUGGCUUCCAAGGAGAAAGAGAAACAUGAAGAGAAACUCCGUCUGUUGGCCCAGGAGGCAAGGAAGGAUCGAGCUGGCAUCAAAACAGCAGCAGAAGCUGAUGAAGAGGCUAGAGAGAGAGAUAAGAUCCGUGAUGACAGACACCGAGACAGACAAAGGGACAGGAAUAUCAGCCGUGCAAAACCAGACACAAGAGCGAAGUUCGACAAGCAGAAAGACAGAGAUAUCAGUGAGAAGAUUGCUCUGGGAUUGCCCAAUGCAGGUGGCAGGUCCGAUGAUAUGCAGCAUGAUCACCGCCUUUACAACACCUCAAAGGGUCUUAACAGCGGUUUUGCUGGAGGAGAGGACGAGUCAUACAACGUGUACAGUGAGCCUUGGCGCAAGGAUCAAAACGUGGCAAACAGUCUGUACCGACCGGGGAAGAAUGCAGAUAAAGAUGUCUACGGUGACGACUUGGAGGCACUCAUCAAACAGAAGAGAUUUGUUCCCGACAAAGAUUUCAGCGGUGCUGAUCGUAGCCGACGUCGUGACGGACCCGUCCAGUUUGAACGCGAGGUGGAGGAAGAUCCCUUCGGUCUGGAUAAAUUCUUGAAGGACGCCAAGAAAGCCGGAAAGCGACCCGGGGAAGGGAAGUCACGUGAUCAUGAUGACCAUGACAGGAGCGGGAAAAGAAGAAAGGAUUUCUGAGUUGCAUGCGAGGGGAGUUUUGUUUGCUGUAAGUCAUAAUUGUGUACAGCUUUUUUUUAAACUAGUCCGAUUUAACCCUUUAGAGUUGAGUGGCACAAAGUGGCGUGCCAAAAUGCGGCUUGUACCAAAAACAGCUGAAAGAUUUGACCUACUUCCAUUGACCUUAAGAGGUCAAAGUAAAGGUCAUAUCCACAAUUUAAAUUGUCCAAUACUUCCGGUGUUAACAUACAUCUAGUAACCCAAUUUCUUAUAAAGACAAAACAUUUUGACCGACAAAAAAGGAUUCAAAAAUACGUAAUGACUUGGUGUAUUGUGAUGAUUUUACAAAUAUUAAUGGUCACUAACAGGGACACUAUUGGUCAUUGUCAAAGACCAGUCUUCUCAAUUGGUGUAG